AUGUAUGAAUUUGAAAUGGUCAAUACCAUUGUCCUUCUAGAUGGCCUAUUAAAAAUGCCUGAGAGUCUCUCCUCACAAGAUGAAAGUUGGAAUAAGGCAGGUUCCAGGGUCCAGAACACAUUUGACAUUGACCUCAUUUCACUGGAGAACCAGGAAAGCCGGUGGUAUAUUCACUUGGAGUCUGAAGGCCUGAGAGCCAGGAGCUCCAGUGUCCAAGGGCAGGAAAAGAUGGAUCACCCAGUUCAAGAAGAGACUGGGAAUUGGCCCUUCUUCUGCCUUUUUGUGAAAUUUGGGUCCUCAAUGGAUUGGAUGAUGCCCUUCUCACCCCCAUUAGUGAAGUUCUGUCAUCCUAUUGAGUGUGGUGAGCCAGCUCUGUGGCAGUCAUUGGCAGGAGUGAUGGAGGACACAAACAUUCAGUCUGUAACAAAAGAUAACUCUGAUGGAUGCACAGAUUGGUCUGUCGAUAUCAAGAAAUACCAAGUUUUGGUGGGAGAGCCUGUUCGAAUCAAAUGUGCACUCUUUUAUGGUUAUAUCAGAGCCAAUUACUCCCUAGCCCAAAGUGCUGGACUCAGUUUGAUGUGGUACAAAAGCUCUGGCCCCGGAGACUUUGAAGAGCCAAUAGCCUUUGAUGGAAGUAGAAUGAGCAAGGAAGAGGACUCCAUUUGGUUCCGGCCAACAUUACUGCAGGACAGUGGUCUUUACGCCUGUGUCAUCAGAAACUCCACUUACUGCAUGAAAGUAUCCAUCUCACUGACAGUGGGUGAAAAUGACACUGGACUGUGCUACAAUUCCAAGAUGAAGUACUUUGAUAAGGCUGAACUUAGCAAAAGCAAGGAAAUUUCGUGCCGUGACAUAGAAGAUUUUUUACUACCAUCCAGAGAACCUGAAAUCCUAUGGUAUAAGGAAUGUAGGACAAAAACAUGGAGGCCAAGUAUUGUAUUCAAAAGAGAUACCCUGCUUAUAAGAGAAGUCAGAGAAGACGACAUUGGAAAUUAUACGUGUGAAUUAAAAUAUGGAGGCUUUGUUGUGAGAAGAACUACUGAACUAACUGUUACAGCCCCUCUGACUGAUAAACCACCCAAGCUUUUGUAUCCUAUGGAAAGUAAACUGACAAUUCAGGAGACCCAGCUGGGCGAUUCAGCUAAUCUAACCUGCAGAGCUUUCUUUGGGUACAGUGGAGAUGUCAGUCCUUUAAUUUACUGGAUGAAAGGAGAGAAGUUUAUUGAAGAUCUGGAUGAAAAUCGAGUUUGGGAAAGUGACAUUAGAAUCCUCAAGGAGCAUCUUGGGGAACAGGAAGUUUCCAUCUCAUUAAUUGUGGACUCUGUAGAAGAAGGUGACUUGGGAAAUUACUCCUGUUAUGUUGAAAAUGGAAAUGGACGUCGGCAUGCCAGUGUUCUCCUUCACAAACGGGAGCUGAUGUAUACAGUUGAACUUGCUGGAGGGCUUGGUGCUAUCCUUCUGCUGCUUGUUUGUUUGGUGACCAUCUACAAGUGUUACAAGAUAGAAAUCAUGCUCUUCUAUAGGAAUCAUUUUGGGGCUGAGGAGCUGGAUGGAGAUAAUAAAGAUUAUGAUGCAUACUUAUCAUACACCAAAGUGGAUCCUGACCAGUGGAAUCAAGAGACUGGGGAAGAAGAACGCUUUGCUCUUGAAAUCCUACCUGAUAUGCUUGAAAAGCAUUAUGGAUAUAAGUUGUUUAUACCAGAUAGAGAUUUAAUCCCAACUGGAACAUAUAUUGAAGAUGUGGCAAGGUGUGUAGAUCAAAGCAAGCGGCUGAUUAUUGUCAUGACCCCAAAUUACGUAGUCAGAAGGGGCUGGAGCAUCUUUGAGCUGGAGACCAGACUUCGAAACAUGCUUGUGACUGGAGAAAUUAAAGUGAUACUAAUUGAAUGCAGUGAGCUACGAGGAAUUAUGAACUACCAGGAGGUGGAGGCCCUCAAGCACACCAUCAAGCUCCUGACCGUUAUUAAAUGGCAUGGACCAAAAUGCAACAAGUUGAACUCUAAGUUCUGGAAACGUUUACAAUAUGAAAUGCCUUUUAAGAGGAUAGAACCCAUUACGCACGAGCAGGCUUUAGAUGUUAGUGAGCAGGGGCCUUUCGGGGAGCUGCAGACUGUCUCAGCCAUUUCCAUGGCUGCGGCCACCUCCACAGCUCUAGCCACUGCCCAUCCAGAUCUCCGAUCCACCUUUCACAACACUUACCAUUCACAAAUGCGUCAGAAACACUACUACCGAAGCUAUGAAUACGACGUACCUCCUACCGGCACCCUGCCUCUUACCUCCAUAGGAAAUCAGCAUACCUAUUGUAACAUCCCUAUGACACUCAUCAACGGUCAGCGGCCACAGACAAAAUCGAGCAGGGAGCAGAAUCCAGACGAGGCCCACACAAACAGUGCCAUCCUGCCGCUGUUGCCAAGGGAGACCAGUAUAUCCAGUGUGAUAUGGUGA